AUGCCCGCUCAGCGACCGCGCGCGGCCUUCGAGCCGAUCGCGCCCGACUUCGACAUCCAUGGCCUUAUAGAGUAUACACCAAACUUCUCCUUCGUGGACCGCAUCUCGGUCGACCAGAUUGACGAGCAAGGUGUCGCCGCUUUCGAGAAGCUCGUCCUUCUCCAUGUCAUUAUCGGAGGCAAGCCUCUCGUCGUCGAUGGCUUUGAGAACCGCCUGGACCCAUGGACCUUCUCUCCCAAAUGGCUCAACGACAACGUCGGUUCCAAGAUCGAAAGCUCGAAGAAUCUUUCAACCAAAGAAUCACUACCCCUCACCAUCGGUCAUUAUCUUAGAAACAUGAACAAACUGAGCAAUCAGUUCUUCGAAAACACUCGCAACUACAAGGACAAAAGUCGCCAAAGGAUCUAUCUCAAAGACAUCGACUGCCCUCAAGUCUGGCACGACAAGCUUCAAGACCACAUCCCACCAUUCCUCUUCUACCUCAACGAGAGCACCGGAGACAUCGGAGGUCCUGGUGCUAAUCCUUACACUCUUGGCCCCGGCAGGCGGCCUGCCCGUGGAAUUGCUCGAGCUGGCGAUCUUAUGAGCACCCUUCCUCCCGAGAUGCGAGCCGAAAACCUCAUGUGCUACAUCGGUCACGAAGGUACCUACACACCCUCACACCGAGAGAUGUGCGCCACAAUGGGUCACAACAUCAUGGUGGAAGCUUCCAAGGAUGUUGGCGAGGAUGGCAAGCCCGAAAGACCUGGUUCCUCGAUCUGGUUCAUGACGGAGUCCAAGGACCGCAAUUUGGUCUCCGAGUACUGGCUUGAUACUCUUGGACAUGACAUCGAAGUCGAGAACCACUUUGCUCAAGUCUCGGCCUGGAAGAAGGCCCCCUUCAAUGUCUAUGUAGUCGAACAGCGUCCCGGCGAUUUCAUAUUAAUUCCUCCGCUAGCUCCACAUCAGGUUUGGAACAGGGGAACACGAACCACGAAAGUCGCUUGGAACAGGACCACGCUGGAUACUCUCGAUAUGGCGCUGCAGGAAGCUCUACCAAAAGCAAAGAUUGUUUGCCGAGACGAACAGUACAAGACGAAAGCCAUCAUCUACUACACGCUCAUGCUGUAUUCUAACAGACUCGCAUUGGCCAGAUCACAGUCCGACAAGCUUCCCGCAGACGCCGCUCGCCAGCUAAUGGGCAGCCGCAAGAUCAAAGAAUUGAUCAAAGACUUCAGGCGCCUGCUUGGCUUAUUCCUCGAUGUUCUGGUCUCUGAGAUGUUCAACCCCGAUGGUCCUCAGGAGAAAUGCGAGGUUCUACCUUUUGACAGCAAUGUCACAUGCGCUUAUUGUCGAUGCAACAUCUUCAACCGCUUCUUGACAUGCUCGAAUUGUAAGGACGUGCUUGGACAUGAGGAGGAAGAGCCUUACGACGUUUGUCUGGACUGUUACGCUAUGGGCAGGUCAUGCGGCUGCAUCUCGAAUCUUAAGUGGACGGAACAGUUCAAAUGGAAAGAGUUGACUGGCAAGUACGACUCUUGGCGCAAGCAAGCCGUCGAUUUGGAUGGUGGCAAUGCAGCAAAAGCUCCGCCACCACUUCUCGAAGCUCGAAGAAAUCUACCUCACAAGACGCUUGCCGAAGUCUGUAGAGAGCAGCUGAAACGCCGCCCUUUCACCGACAUCUCCAAGCCGAAACAAGACGAUGAGCAGAGCGAGGAGGAUAUCAUCGUAGAUGACGAAGGCCGUGUCAAGAAAGCAGUCAAAAAGAAGCCAAAGGCUUGGUUCAAGACACACAGCCCUUGCCACGUCUGUUGUAAGAGACACCCGAACUGGAAGUCUGCAAAGUGUACCACCUGCGACAAAUGGUGGUGUUAUGGAUCGUUGUACCGAGGAGCCGACCUGAUGCCAUUGACAGUAAUGCAAGACGCCAACUGGUCGUGUCCGCAUUGCCAGGACGCAUGUUUCGCGGGAGCCUGCCGAAAGGACCCCAAGCAGCACCCCUAUGAGCCCAAGAACACUCUACUAGGCCAUGACACCAAGAGGAUUGCCGAUGCCAGAAGUGUAGAGUGUCUUGUCGACUUUUCCGUUUCCAACCUCACGUGGUUGAGAGACGAUGACGACAACGUUCAGGAAAGUGUUCGUAUCAGGAGAGCUCGCGAAGAAGCUAGAAGAGCCAAAGAGGCAGACCCCUUGAUGGAUGACGAGGACGAUGAAGAAGAGCUCGACGCUGAUCAGAGCCAUAUCCGCUUCGACUACUCGCCCGAUGAGUCCCUGAUCGAUCCUCAACUCAUGAACCCUACGCCCCAGAAUACACGUGCCAAAGGGAAGUCUGCAACGUCUCUAUUGCCACCGCCAGAAGCAAUGCUCAAAGGUGCCAAACCGAGUGCCUCCUCUUCAUCGUUGAGUAAUGGUUACCGGUCGACAGUCGACGCACCUGAAGGAUAUGCGCCUGCUACAACCAGCGGAUUUGCUGCUCCGAGGGCUCCUAUGUACCCAGAUGUUGAAAACAGUAGCUACGCGUACCCCGACCCUCGCGGGGAAGACGAUGAAGACGAAGGAUAUCAGCCCAUCUCGUCGCUGCUGUCCGGCUCCGCACCCCGUAAUAAGCGUAAUCAGGAGGUCUACGAAGACGAUGAUGACAGGAUUUACAUGGAAGGCAGCCGCCCCAAGAGACGCAGAGUUUCGGAAGAUCCUGCUUCUGCAUUCUCCAAGCCCAGGAACGAAGCAACGAAACAAUUCGAGAAGGAGAAAGAACGCAAAGCUCUUGAUGAAGCACGAAAGGCAGGACGGUUCAUUGCAGCACAGGCUGCCUUACGGGGCAAGAAGCGAAUCGUCCGACUUCACAUAUCUGGACCACGUCUUGCGCAACUGCUCGCGCAACAAGCUGCCAAAUCUUUCCAACCUGUCUCUGAGACUCCAGAGGUCGAUCAAGAAGUGCCUCCAGAGAACGUGCUGGUAAGGUCAGAUAUCGCUCCCAAGGAGAAAGCCAAGAAGAAGGCACCUCAACACCCAAACAGAAUGAAGAUCCGAGUCGAACGUGACGACGACUACAGCAUGACCCGUGCAGCACGUCCUGAGAGGCGCAAACGCACAGCUAACGCAGACUAUGAAGAAGUCGAUGUUGAAUCUGACUUUGAUUCCGGAGAGGAUGACAGAGACGGCGCGUACAACGGCCGUCAACAGGAGAACGGAAAGCGCAGAGUGUCAUCUUACAUUCAGAAGAAGCACAUCGAUGAUCCAGACCUGCCUGACGAACUGCCUGAGAACUACAAAGACUCGAGGAGUAGAAUGGAAGGAAGGGCGCCCAACAGACCUGGACCAGCUAUCCACGCACUUAUAGCGGCAGUAGCAGCAUCCAGACACCCUCAGCCAAUGCCUCAGCUAGACGGCACUGCCGAUCACGACGAUGACGAUGCUUCUGACUCUGCAGACGAGAUCCCGGCCAAGCCAGUGAGCUUUGAGGAGGAGAACAGGCGCGCGAAGUUGGAAGCGCUGAAGAUGGUCGAGGAAGAAGCAGCUCGCGCACCUCCACCGAUGCACCGUUCGAUCUUCGACAGAGGCAACGGGAAGAAGAUCCGCAUUGUAUCAAAAUCCAGAGACACGUCUUCGCCGUCACUGGGGAAGAAAUGA